AUGGCCACGACCACUUAUAUUUAGCUUCGAAGAAAAACGUUAACAAACUUAUAUACGAUCAGUGAUGUUUUGAUAAUCUCGCUGAUCAUCAGUCGGAAUCUGAAGAUAGCGGACAGAUAUCUUAUUGUUCAUAAGAUAUUUUGCGAAAAUGUAGAACACAGGCUCGUACAACCAGAUAUCCAGCCAAUGAGAAUGUUUCUGUCAAGUGAUUCACGGGACAAAACUCUCCUGGAGUUGGAGAAGAAGAAACUUGACUCACUGCAAAGACAAGCACAGACAUUGAAGGCACUCCGGGAUAGAACACAAGAAGUCGAAGAUGAAAGAAAGAAAAAAGAAGAAGAAAUUUUGGGGAGACUCAAUGGUUCAUUAUUAAAAAGAGAAAUAAAAGAUUGGUAUGGGCCAGAAGCAAAGACUAACACAGUCAUUAACUAUAGUUUACCAAAGACAUUGCCACCACCAGCUACUUAUCAUAGACCAGCUGUUAAACCAAGACUAUUGGAUGAUGUGUUAGCGAGGAGAAGGCAGGAACAUGAAAGAAAACAAGCUGACAUUCAUGAUAAUAUAAAAUCACUCAAUGCUGAAAAAGUUAGGAUAUUGAGAGAGAAAGAAAGACUUCAAGAUAAAAGAAGAGAAUUAAGGAAUCCAUCACCGUAUUCUGUAUUAGAACCAUUCCACUUUCCAUCUCGUCCACCAUCACAGAGGACUGACUCUGCAAUGUCAGAGAGGAGUGCAUGGCUUCCAUCGCAUAGAACACUAGAGAGUGUACAUAGUGCUAGGUCCAUAAUAGAAAAGGCAAGACUAGAUUUAACACCCAUGCAGUUACAACUCAGGACAAUCAAGUGA